GAAAUAGAGAGUACAAUAGAGAAGGCUACAAUCUGAAUGAUUCAGAUAUACAAGAAUAGAUUAACUCAAAGUAAAUAAAGAUUUUCCCAGUAUUGUUUUUAGACAAAACCCAGAUCAACAUCCAUGAUGAAGCAAAGGUCUAAAUUGGAGACAAAGAAAAUGGUGGCUGCAGAGAAGGAUUGCAGCUCUAAAUCCAAGGCCAAGAAAGUUGAUCCGGCUAAUCCAGGAAAAGUGAGCUAUGGACGGAAGAAGACCCUUAUUGAUAGCCUGUAUCAAGAUGAUGAUGCUAAGAAAUCUGUUAUGGAUCGGGCAGAAGAAGUGCUUCGAAGCAUACCAGUGGAAUAUCCUAGAUUUUCAAAACCAAUGCUCCCAUCCAAUGUUUCUUAUAGUUUCUGGAUGAUAUUCCCUUUGGAAUUUUGUAAGUUUCACAUGCCAAAAGAAGAUGUCAGAGUUGUUUUGGUGGAUGACCAUGGAAAACAAAGGGACACAACAUAUCUCACGAAGCGGCAUGGUCUGAGUGCUGGUUGGAGAGGGUUUGCAAUGGAUCAUAGACUAUUGGAAGGAGAUAUUUUAGUAUUUCAUAUGAUCUCGGCUUACACAUUCAAGGUGAAUAUAGUUCGAGUUUAUGGUCUGGAUGUGGCAAAUGCAGCUCUGAUACUUAUGCUUAUUCAGGAUUCUAAAAGCAGAACAUAUAAUAAAGCUAAAGAUAGUAGUACCAGUAGAAAAUCAGAGAAGAGAGUAAAGAAGCUUGGACAGUUUGAAGACCAAUCUGAAUGUGAUGAUUGUAGUGCCGAAGUCCCAGGAGUUGAGAAAUAUAUUACUCCUAAAAAGUCAAAGAAGAGAGUAAAGAAGCUCAGACUCAUCGAAGAUCAUUCUGAAAGACAGGGUGAUGAUUGUAAUGCUGAUGUUCCAGAAGAUGAGGGUUCUGGAAUUACAGAGUACAAACGGUCCGAGGAACUCAAUCAUUGUGGAACUCAUCUGGUGCAAGAUCAUCAUCUUAACAGCAUAGGUUGCAUGUAAGACGAAUAAUUUAGGCCAUCCGUCCAUGUCUUCAGAUAGAGAAAGUGAAUGCCUGGGGAAUUUUUUGCUCUGGUUGAGUCUGGAUAAAAGACCCUCUUAAACUAAGGAGUUUUGCUCUUUGAAUGUUGAAAAGUUCUUUCGAGACCUUGAACUAGACUACUAGAGUGUUAGGUGAAUGUUUAAAAGUUCUUUUGCAGAGUUUAAUUCUCAGGCUGAAUCAGUUGGUUGUGACUAAUACAGGUUUAGUAGUUUUUUAGAUGUACAUCAAUGUUGUUGAGUUGUACUUUUUGUUUGUAGAGAUAAGUCUAGCCAUUAAAUUCUGUUGGUGGGAAUUUUCCAUUCUUAUACUAUUAACAGCAUUUAACAAUGCGGUAGCUUUCGUUGUUUUAAUUUUA